AUGGCUGCUGCCUCUUCAUCCUCCGGAUCCUCCUUCACCUCAUCAUCUCUCGGACGUCCUCCUACCUAUAGCCGUUCCUAUGUUAGCCCAGUAGAUUCUACCUGGACACCAACGUCCGGUGUAUCAACGCUGUCAGCUCCGUCGACUGGAGGCUCAGUUGCGCCCCAGACGUCCCUCCGUCCGCUGGAUCUGGGGCCUCCUGGAUAUCAAGCGACCAUAACUCUAUUUCAAGAUACACCAGACGAGCGCACUGUAUACCUGGGACCAUGGGAAGUCAUCGGCUCCGAACAGAGACGAGUCUUGUGGCAAUGCAGCUACCAAAACGAGCUGCUAGAACAUUACUUGCCAUCAGAUAUUCCGUCAGAAAUACACCCACAUACCCUUCACUCUCGGCAUCGGCAGUAUCACGAUGCUUCGGACAUGGAGCGCUACCUGACCUUCCCCGAGCCGCAUCGUAUCCGUUACAUCUCAGACGAAGGGAUUUGCAUACAUGACCAAUAUAUUCAAGUCAGAUACGAAUUCACAACGGUCGAUGGUUCUACUCAGUUUCAGGGUGAUUUGCGUCGAAAAGACAUGAUCGACUUUUAUGACGUGGAUGUGGUAUGGACUAAUGUGCAUGGCCGAACAGAUGGCUUUGGCAAGGUCAAGGGAAUUGGAGCAAUUCAACGUCUCAAGAUGUGGCGCGACCGAUACACGACGUUUCACUCUCUGAGUGUCCUGGCAAACAAGACGGAUGGUCAGUAUCGCGAGUACGAUGUGCACAUAUUUGACGGAGAACUGCGAGGUCGUGACGAUCGGGCGAAACAGUUGAAGCUCAAUGUUCGAAGCCGGCGAGGGAGCGCCCCUGAUGAGCCACCUCAACGAAGAUUCUCAUUUGCUCGGGGAGUACGACCAAGAGUGCGAUCAACAGGCGGCCAUGUUAGUCAGAGCAGCUCAGAGUCAAGUCCGUCAUCCCAACAGCCCAUCGAUAUACGUUACCUGUCUAUUCAGUUCAGCAGCCGUCAAGAUUAUCGACGAUUUCUGGAAAUGUGGCUGUACGCUCACAGCACUGAUCGAGACUUCCAAGGGGUCCCCUUUCCCCCGAAUCAUUUUGAAUUGCCUUCACCUCAGAUGCUUCCAGGUCAAGCGGUUGAGCUUGAAUCUCCUGAUUGGACGCGCACACUCGAGCCAGUUGCUGAGCCUCCAGAUUCGGAUGAGCGAGGUUGA